CAAGAAUUGUAAAUCAGUUGACCUGCUGGUUGCUCCUCUGUGAUGACGUGUGUGUGUGUGUGUGUGUGUGUGUGUGUGUGUGUGUGUGUGUGUGUGUGUGUGUGUGAGGAGGAUUAGGCCUUAGAUAACAGGAUUAGAAUGUUCCACACACUACUGAGAAUCCUUAAAUAGCCUGUGAGAGUGUCAGUGUCUCAUUCAUCUUUGUGUGGUUUGAUAUUUUCUGUGGUCCACCACACUCGCUGUCAUCCUGAAUGAUCUGAAAUAAGUUUAGUUGUCAUUUUACAGAUAUGGCUGAUGUGUCGAGGAGUCUUAACCUGCUGGAAACGCUAAAGGAGUCCAUUGAGAAGAACAACAUAUCAGAUAUAAGAGAUGCCAUGGAGGACAUGCUGAUCAGCAGAAUCAACAUUGCAAUCGCUGGGGAGAGAAAAGCAGAAAAAGCCACUUUUAUCAACUCACUUCGAGGGCUGAGUCAAGACGACGAAGGCUCAGCCCGCUCUCCAUCAUCUGCUGCCCCAGGGGAACUAACCGUAUUCCCGAACCCCAAACAUCCUGACUAUCGCCUCUUCGAUCUGCCGCCCAUCUCUAAUGAUCCCACUUUUCAGGCCGAGGAUUAUAUAGAGCGUUUCAAAGCCAUGCGGUACAACGCCAUCAUUAUCACAUUCACAGAGAGUCCUAGUGUUAACAGUGUGGCGGUGUGGAGGGAAUUAAGGUCGCUGCAGAAAGAGACAGUUUACUUUGUCUUAUUAGCGUCGGUGAAGGAUACCGAGAAAACACUGGAGGUGAAGAAAGCGAAAAGCUUAGAAGUGCUCAAGGCAGAAGGUGUUCCUCUCCCCAAGGUGUUCCUGGUACAACCUUCCGCUUUGGAGAAGCUGGACUUUCUAACGUUUUUAGAGGUCAUGCGAGGUGACCUUCCAGAGAUCAGGGCGCAUGCUCUUCUUCUGGCACUUCCAACAUUUUCCAAAUCCUUGGUCACUCAGAAGAAAGAUGCCUUCAAGGCACUGGUGUGGGCUGCUGCCUCAUUAUCCGGUGGCAUUUCUGCCAUUCCCGUACCCCUGGUGGCCUCCAUGGUGGACGCUACGGUGGGCGUACGGAUUUUAACGAAGGCGCAGAUCUCUCUUUGCCUGGAUGACGAGUCUCUGCAGCGACUGGCGAGGCAGCGGGGUCUCGACCCAGCCAGGAUGAAGGCUCUGCGGACCUGCGCUCUCUCUGUGGAGGUCAGCAAGAGUGAAGUUAAAAGACGGCUCGCGGAGGCCGAGAAAGACACCAGCACUGCAACCACCAGACUUGUGGAGCUAGCCAUGCCGAGACACGCAAGAUCCGUCAGCAGAUCUUUCACUGUUAUGCUACAGGCGCUCAAUACUGCUAUUGAUGAUAUGGGUGCUGAUGCUGAGAAGGUGGUUACUAUGGUAACAGGAGAGGGACAGUAGAUUGAGCAGUACACAAAAUUAC